AUGGCGUAUACGACGGAACAGUUGCAUGGGGAUAUUGUUUCGCUGUUGGCGAAUGUGGAUAUCAACAAUGAGCAUACCAAUAAAUUGGCCAGGAAGAUUGCGAAUGCUAUUGAUAAGCAGAUGGUGAAGCUUCUGGAGGUUGUUAUUUCAUUGAGGGAUUACAUGACUUCGGAAGAUGAUGGCACUAGGUUGAAAUCCAUGCGAUGCCUUUCGUCAAUAUUGGCGAAUUUGGGUGAGACAGUGUUGAUGAAAAACGAUGUGCUUGUCGUUUUUGAGUUUUAUAAGAAUCGGACGGAUGAUUCAGCCUGUCUGGAGGAGAUUUUCCAUGGAAUAAGUUCUUUAGUGAAGAUGAGAUACUUUUCUAGCGGUCAGAUAAUGCCUUUGUUGAAUAUUCUUAAAGAUCAAUACCAGCCUAGUAGUCACUUGGCAGCUACACGGUACUUGGGGUUUAAGAUAUUGGAUAAUUUAUUGCAGCGAUUCCAUACGGUAAUUUCCAAUGAUAAGUUGAUGAACGAUUAUUUUAUUAGAACGUUCAUCUUGUUGGCUAAUGGAGAAAAAGAUCCGAAGAAUCUGCUGCUGUCUUUUAGUCUCAAUUCAGAUAUUUGUAAGAUGUUGCAAAAUAUUGAUAGUUUCAAGGAGGACUUAUUUGAUAUUCUUUUCUGUUAUUUCCCAAUAACGUUCAAGCCCCCAAAAAAUGAUCCGUACAAAAUUUCUACCGAGGAUUUAAAGCUCUCUCUCAGAAAUGCUAUUUCAUCUACCCCCACAUUUGCUGAAGAUGCAUUUGCCAAUUUGGUUGACAAGAUGACUGCAUCUUCUCCAAGUGUAAAAAACGAUACGAUUUUGACUUUGAAAAUGUGCAUUAAGAGUUCUGCAGCCGAAAAAUGUAUAGAGAAUUGGUUGCCGAUCUGGCAAGCGUUGAAAUUUGAAAUCAUGAAUAAUAACGAUACAGAAGAUCCUGCGGUCACUCAGGCAGAGUUUAACAAUUAUAAAGAAUGUUUAUCUGUCAUUAGUGUGCUUGCGGAAAAGUUUCUUUCCUUUGGAGAGGCUGUCUUUGAUAAAUUCUACUCGCACAUAUUCGAUGAAUUGAAGCCCAACUUUGACUAUGAGAAAGAUUUGAAACAGAGUUGUGGCAUUCUAUCCUCUAUUGCCUCUGUGAACGCAACCUCUUUUAAUAAGGUCAUGGACAAUGUGCUGCCAUCUUUUUUUUCUAAGAACGAAGAAUUGGAUAUUCCAAAGCAAAGGCUGUUGAUUCUAAAUCUGUCGUUUUUUUUUGAUGCUUAUAUUAAGGUGUUUGGUGAAACAGGCAAAGCAGAACAUAAUCAUGAAGUGACCAACAAUAAACUUUUAGGGCACAAGGACGAGAUCAUAAUGGUUUUAGGUAAAGCACUGACAUCCUCUAAAGUUGAAGUGUCCUUGAGGACUUUGUCAAUUAUUGAAUUUACUGAAUUGGUUAAAAUGAACGGAUAUUUGACUCAUGAAGAAGGUUUUAUGAUUGUACAAUAUCUCACUGAAACUAUCCUAACAGAUGACAACAAAAAUAUAUAUAUUGCUUGUCUUGAAGGUUUGAAAGUAAUAAGCGAACACUACGAAGAUAUUAUUCGAGAGGUAUUGCUAAAACAGCUAUUGGAGCUUCUACCUAAUGAGCCAGCUGUCAACCAGCCUCGUUUAAAUGAUGAGCAAAUUAAUUUAGAUACUGUUUUGAAGGUUAUUGUAGAUUUUACGUCCACUACACACAAGCUUGUUAAAGAAAGCGUUAUUGGCAUUCUUGAAAAGUUAUGUACCGUCGCAAAAAUGGACAAUUCAGAGGAUUAUUGUUUCAUGUUCAUAUCCUGUCUUCAUACUUUAUUGAGCUCCAACAUUAAGCUCUUCGAUAUUGAACACUGUUCGGAGCUCAAAAAUAUUGUGUACGAAAAACUGCUCGAUCUGGUAUUAAACUGCAACAGCAUCUAUGAAAAUGAUCAUAACCUCAUUAUUUCAUCCAGCAUACUAUGGUCUUUGAAUUUAAAGUCGGACAAAAUUACCCACCAGGAAGAAUUAGAGAAGCAGGUAAAGUGGUUUGUUCAGGACAAGAACAUUAUUAAUUUACCGAGUAGAUCAGCAGUGGUUUUCCUGAACAUAUUGUCUGGGUUGGACAAAAAAUGUGAGUUUCCCGAAAAUGUUGAUCUCCUCAAAAAUGUUGUCAGUCUGUUGAGAAACCCUGAGACAAAUAUCACGUCUUUUGAAAAGCUUGCUUAUUUGCAGUUAAUAUCACUAUUGAUCAAUAAGUGGUGUGAUGAUGAGUCAGUCGAUGGACUAAUCUAUACUACAAACCGUUCUACAAUUACCCUAGAGAUCAUGGCCUGGGCUGCUAAGGGACUUGUCAUGAAAAAUUCACCGUUUGCUGUUAAGUACCUAGAUCUCUUCAUGGAGCUACUUCAAGUAGCAGAAUAUAGUGCCUCAGUGACCCCAUUAUUUGAGAUCCUUGUAUUAGACACUCCAAUUUUCCGCACCGUCAAGGGCAUCAGCUGGAACCACAAUGUCAGACUUCUUUACAAACAGAAGCUCUUCAGCUAUGUAGCAGUUAAGCUCGUUGAUGGAUUCAAAGCUACAACCGACAUGAAAAUUAAAUCCAACUAUUUAACCGCGCUGUCUCUCAUCCUGCGUAACACCCCAGCUGAUAUCACCAUCACCUAUAUCUCAGAACUCCUUCCAUUACUCCUGCAAGCGCUUGAGCUGAAAAACAGUGAUGUGAGAGUCUCCUCAUUGCAGACUCUCAUGGACACUAUUGAACAAAACUCUCAACUAGUUGCCCAACACAUUCAUUCUCUGGUUCCACAACUAUUGCAACUUAUUCACCAAGACAACUACAAUUCCGUCACUGUCCGUCUGCUGUCUCUACGUAUGCUUCGUGCCCUCACGUACGGCAUUCCCUUGAACUAUCUCCUCCCAUUUAAGGAGGAUAUCGUCACCGGCCUUGUUGUCGCUCUUGGAGAUAAAAAAAGAGUCGUCCGCAAGCAGUGCAUCGACACCAGACAGUCUUAUUACGAACUGGGACGUGUGGUCCAAGACUCCUAG